GCAGUAGAAGAGGAGAAAGAAGAAGUUGCAGAAGUGUCUGAGGAGGAAGUCGAGGCACCUGAUCAAACUAAACAGAAGGGGAAAGCAGGCGUGAAGAGAAAGAAAAAGACCAGUCCGAGUGGCAAGCCGGCAGCGAAACGGAAAAAAGUAGAGAAAAAAGCUGAGGAUGGUGAAGAAGAAGAUGAAGUGGAAGAAGAAGAAGAAGUAGAAUCUCCGUCUGACAAUCCUGAUGAUGAGGAUUUUGAAAUUGAAGAAACUCCCAAGAAGUCGACAAAGAAGCGAGGUCGGCCCCCGAAGAAGAAGGCCGACGAAAGCAGUGACGAGGAAGAAGAGACGGAAAAACCUGCCAAAAAGACGCCAAAACCUCGUAAACAGAGCACAGGUGGUAGUGCUAAGAAAGCGACACCAGCAAAAAAGACAGCAGCUGGUCGGAAGAAAAAGCAAGAUAUUGGGGAGGAGGAUGAAGUUAGUGACAGUCUGAGCUCACUUAGUGACAGUAGUGAGUCUGAUGACAUUGACUUGAGUGGAUGGAAGAAAAAAGAAGAAGAACGAAAGAAGGAACUACAGAGGAAGAUAGAGGAGGCUAGUGAAAAGAAACGUAAAGAGGAGGCCGAGAGGAUCAAGAAAGCUAAACAAGAAAUGAAGAUAGAACAGGAGAACGAAGACAACGAUGAAGAAUCUUCCCCUGGAGAUAGACCAAAAAGAGAAAGGAAAAAGAAGAAAUUCUUCGAUGGAGAGGAGGCUGAAGUUUCACCGACCAAGAAAGAACUAAAAUCACCAGAAGUUAAAGCGGAAACUAAGGACAAAACACCGAAAUCAUCCAAACAAAAAGAACCCAAAGUCACAAAAGACACGCAAAAAGACUUGAAAGAUAUGCCAAAAGACAAUGUGAAAGACUCUAAGCAUUCAAGUGAUGACUCUCCUGUAAAUCAUAAAGAGGAACGUAGAAAAAGUGUAGACAAAGUGAAAUCAGAAAAGUCCAAUAAACCGGAAAUAGUGUCUCAAAAAGUGAAAGAAAAGUUAAAAGAUAAACUUGACAAAGAAGGAGAUAGCAUUGAUAAAACUGAAACAGAUGGAAAGGUAGGGAAAGAUGAAAAAGACAAAGUGAAAGUAGAAAAAGACAAAGUGAAAGUAGAAAAAGACAAAGUGAAUGUAGACAAUGAGAAAGAGAAAAUAGAAAAGGAUGAUAGUGAUAAGAACAAUAAGGAAGAAACAAAAUCAGAGAAAUCCAAAGUUACAGAGACGGAUAGGAACAAAUCAGAGCAGGAAUCAAGAACAAAAGAUUCAGAAGAAGAGAAGAGACAAAUUGAAGAAGUUAUCAAAAGAAAAAGACAAGAAAAAUUAGAAAAACAGAAGGAAAAAGAGAGGAGAUUGAAAGAAAAAGAAGAGGAAAAAGAAAGAUUAAAAAAGCUCAAAUUAGAGAAAAAGAAAGAAGACCGAAAGAAAGAAAAGAUAAGCUUUGCUGUGACCGAGGCAAAGCUGAUACAGAUGGACGUUGAGAUAAAACGCUCACUUCAGAAAGUUGGGCAUGCUGACGUGGACAAAUGUAUAGCCGUUAUGGAAGAUUUGGACCAUCUGCCAGUAAAUCACGUCAUGCUGAAGAAAAAUCCAGACAUUAUGAACACUAUAAAAAAGUGUCGAAAGUAUAAAGGAAGUGAACAGAUUAAGAAGAAGGCAGAAUAUAUCUACAGUAAAUUUAAACAAUUGUUUCUAUUGGGAGAUGGAUUACCAGGGGAAGAAAUAAUUAAAGAAAUGAAGGAACGAAAAGCUCAGGAAAAGACCGGCCAAUCAGAGAACACAGAAAAUAAAGAAAACACGGAAAACCCGGGCAAUGAGUCAGCGUUAUUAAACAUGUCAACUUUUUCCGGUUUUAAUGUUAGCAGUAGUGUCACAAUUCCAGGUUUAGAUUUAUUGGAGGAUGGAACUUCACCGAAAAAUACGGAGAUCCAAAACAACGUUGUUGUGAACGGAGUUUCGAAUCAUAGACCUACAGAAAAUGAACCGGACAUUCAGAAUGGUGAGACUCAACCGGAUAAUAGUGAAAGUGAUAACGCUAAAACAAUCGGUACAAAUUUAGAAAGUGCUAAAAACGGUUCAAUUGAUAGUGAAAUGGACACAACUGAGAAAAUUGUCGAGGGCGACGCAAAAACAUCGCAAAAUGUCGAUACAGAGGAUGAUCUCAAUCCACAUAAUUUCUCUCCGAAACUUGACCUGGCGGACACGGCACAAAAUGACAUGUCAGCUGAAUCUGCUGAUGACAGGACGGACACAGAUUUAGACGACAGGCUAGCAACGCUGGCGAAAGCGUCGGAAAUGUUACACUCUAUAGCAAAGAUGGCGGAGGCCGACAGCGAGUUGACGGCGGAAGAUGACUUCAAGAGCGACUCGGAGAUGGAGAAUGAGGUCAGUGUACAGAGAGAGGAUCUUGAUGCUAGAAUAGCAGCCAUCAUUCAGGGUUCUGCUGGAAUAAGUAAGGAUAUAUCUGAUAAAGAAGAAGAAGAAGAGGAGGUGAACAUGUACGACCCAGCUGAACCUACGUCUGACGACAGUCAAGAUAAAGUAAAGUCCAGCAAAGCCAAGGUGGUGGACAAGAAGAAAGAAUCGGACGAGGAAGAGAUCAUGGACGAUGAUGAAUUACAUAACAUGCUGGGUGUUUGAACAUGUUGACAUUUGUGAGCAAUGAACAUGCUUAGAUUAUGAACAUAUGAACAUGUUCAUAAACAGGACUGGAUGGAUGUCCCAAACCAUGGAAAUAAUUAUGACUUUUACUGGUUUGAACAUUUUUGACGAAGGAUAGACAUAGGUAAAUAGUGAACAGGAUUUCAUUAGUGAGGGCUGUGGCGAUUUAUGCAUAAUAUGCUUGAUGUGUGAACAUGUUUAGAUUUUGUGAACAUGUUUAGAUUUUUGAACAUGUUUGAAUUUUGAGAACAUGUUUAGAUUUUAAAAAACAUGUUUAGGUAUGUCUUCAUGUUUAACUUUAAAAACAUUGUAAACUAUUUUAACAUGUUAAGAUUUUUGAACAUGAUUAUAUUUUUGUGAACAUGUUUAGAUUUUUUGUGAACAUGUUUAUAAUUGCUUGCAUGUUUAUGUGGAGAGCACAUGUCUGGAUUUUGGAAUGUUUAAACUUGUGAACAUUCUGAUACUUAAGAAAAAUGAUACUUAGGAAGAACAUAACCUUUUUUACUGGUGAAAAGAGUAAAUAAUUGUGAACAUACAAGGAGUGUAAAUAGUUGUCAGAUGUGAACAUGACUUGAGAUAUAAAUAGAUUGAGACCAUGUUGAACAUGUUUAGGAUGAGAGUUCCUUGUGGGAUUGUGAACAUAUUUGGGAUUGUGAACAUAUUUUGGAGUGUGUACAUAGUUAUUACAAGCAUCGUAUAUAUAUCAAGUCAGCCUGACAGUGUCAUUCAGUUUUUAAAAUUGUGAACAUAUCUUUAAUUCUGAACAUAUGAGCUACACAGUGAAAAAAACACGAAGUUGAGUUUAGUGUACAUAUUUUAAAUGAAAUGAGCAAUUGUUUAAAGUGUGCAUACUUGAUAUUAAUGUCAAACAGACUGGAGUCUAAAGAAAAUGAAUUCAACUGUAUAUAUAAGAGAUGGGCAUUUUUAGAAAGCUACUUUAUAGGACAAUGUAUGAUUUAUUCAACUUUGAGUGUCCUGAUUAAAGGUUUUAAUUCUAGGAUAAAGGCAUGCACUAUUCAGGUGUGAAGUAAUCACAUGUAUUUUAAAAAUUAUGAUAUGUUAUAUAUUUACAUGAAGGCAUUGAAAAAUCUAUGACACUUAUUAUGAAUGUUAAUUCUUAUGAAUAUUAAUGAAGUAGUAGUCACAGCUAGUGAAUAUUAAUGAAGUUUUGCUAGUGAUGAAUAUUCAUAUAUAUAUGAUAUAUCAGAUUAUGAGGUAUUUGAGAUAUGAGGAGACAUGCAGACCAUGUUUUUGAAUAAUUUCGCUGAAGUCCUACUGGUUUUGGUGAAUAUUUAAGAAAUCUUAAACUUUGUUUAGUGAAAGCAUUUUAAGGUUGGCCGAUUUGAAUAACAUUCUUGAAGUUUUACUGGUUUGGUGAACAUUCUGUAAGUUUUGCUGGUUUGGUGAACAUUCUUGAAGUUUUGCUGGUUUGGUGAAUAUUCGGUACAGUAAGUUUUGCUGGUUUGGUUAACAUUCUGUAAGUUUGCUGGUUUGGUGAACAUUCAUGAAGUUUUGCUGGCUUGGUGAACAUUCGGUAUGGUAAGUUUUGCUGGUUUGGUGAACAUUCUGUAAGUUUUGCUGGUUUGGUAAACAUUGUUGAAUUGAAAUAUGGCUUUAUUGGUGAAUAUUUGUAAAGCCUCUUUUGUUUUGUGAAUAUUUGUUUAGGCGUUUUGUGAAUAUUAGUCAAGUCAUUUGGUGAAUAUUUGUCAGGUGAAUAUUUCUUAUCAAGUAGAGCUGGUUUAAUAAUUAUUUUGAACUAUUUCUGGUUUGGUUAAUACUGAAAACGUUGAGUUACAUUGGUUAAUAUUGAUAUUUAAUUAUGUGACAUACUAAGUGAAGAGAUGGUCUUCAAAUUCAUGUAUGUUUAUAAAGAAAAAAAAAAUUGAUUAAUUACAUUAAGAAAAAUUGUAGUUUUUUUGUAGAUGUGUGUGUUUAUAGCAAAUAUUACAUACAUGUUAUGUUUUAAAUGGACCAUCUUUAAAGGCACAUUGUGCAUCAGAAAUGAAUUGUUUUUUUGUUGUUUUUUUUCGAGAAAGGGCAAAUAUGUGUUAUUGUAUGUCAACAACAAGGACGGAGUUUUUUUGUAGAGAGAGCGUUUACUGUCAUGUUUGAAACCAAGCAUUGCCAGUAGCAAUUCCUUCUUUUUUUAUGAGGUCGAAACAAAAAGGAAAAUACUUCAGGUACUUUUUAAGGUGUCAUUAAAAUUAUUAAAAUAUCAAAAUGUGUUUUGUGCCAAGAAGAGAUUUUGAAAGCCGGAAUUCUGUUGUUUUUUUCUCCCUUUAUUUGUAUGAGUAUGUUACCCUAUUUACUGUUUUAAAAACCAUCAUGACAAAAUCAACAUAGUGAGUUUGCGACUAGCAUGGAUCCAGACCAGCCUGCGUAUCCACGCAGUCUGAUCAGGAUCCAUGCUGUUCCGUUUUACAAGUAGAGAAAAUAAUAGCGAACAGCAUGGAUCCUUCUGACUGCAGAUGCGCAGGCUGGUUUAGUUCCAUUCUGGUCACAAACGCAUAACGUUGGUUUUGUCAUGACGUGGCUCAUAUGUCUAGGGUCCUGCUUUGAAACAUUUAUUUGCAUGAGUUACUUCCCUUGCCAUGUAUACUACAUGUACACUUGUUAAUGACGACAGCAUGCUCUCCCUUUCCAUUUAUUAUUUUAUGACACUGCCUUAUUUUUUUUUUGCAUGUUUUUUUUUUUUUUUACAUUUUCUACAUUAUUUUUAUGUGCUCUUUACAUACUUUUAAUAUUGUUUUCUUAAUGAAUACUUUAAAAAGAUAGCCCCAAACAGAAUGCAUUUAGUUAACAAGAGAUAAAAUUCUUUUUGUUUUCCUUAGUUUCUCUUAAGAAACUCCCUUGUCAAAAUUCUUGCUUGAAAAUAUGAAUUUCCCAUUUUUGUUUUAAUGAUGAUAAGUUGUUAUUAUUAUUAUUUUAGUUGCUAUAGGCAUUUGCCAUACAGUUACUGCUUGUAUUUAAGUGAAAAAAGUUAAUAUUUAUGGAGGAAAUGAAAAUUUAACUUUUGAGAGCAUGGGAAAUAAACAUGCGAAUGUGUGUAUCAAAGAAAUGAAUAUGUGAAUAAUGGGAACAAUUGUAUUAAGGAAGUAUUGGAAAUGAAAUUCUGACUAAAGGAGUGAGGGAAGUUAAUGUGUGGAUGCAAGUAGCGAGGGAAAUUAAAAUGUAAAAUUAGGGAGCAAAGGGAAAUGAAUGUUCAUUUUUGAGAGAGCAAGGAAAUAGACAUUGUGAAUUUUGUUAGUAGAGAAAAAAAACAAGAAAAUAUGGACCUGGAAGUAAGGGGAAUGAAUUAUCUGAGUUUGAGAAGCAAGGUGAAUAAGUAAAUAAGUCUGUAUAUUGUAGGUAAGGGUCCAAAUGAUAUGAGGUGAUACGUCCAUGGUUCAUUAUGAUUGUAAAUUUACGUUUUAAAAUCUUUCACUGGGCAUCAUUCUAGUUAUUUUGAUUUGUUUUGGAAGCGUUUAGGUGACAAGAUGUGAUGUUGUUCAUUAUCAGAGAAACGCUUAUUCGAUCUUAGAAAGACGUGUGGGUGUGACGAGACUAAAUUUUCACGCAUAAUGAUGGGUGUAUCACUUUAAGUUGGAAACACAUUUUUUUCAUUGAACUAUUUUUUACAUGUUGUUAUAUAUGUUGUUUUCUUGCUUUGAAGUAAACAUGGGUUUUGUUAGAGGACUUGAUUUUGUUUAAAGAUGUUUCGACUGAAAAUGAAAUGAUGUUUUUUUUUUCAGUAUUUACAAUAUGUAUAUAAGUAGAUGUACCGUGGUUUAAACGUAACUUGGAUGUACAAUAUUCUUGAACAAUACUUUAUCUGAUGCACAACUUUAUAUAAAAAAAUACAAAAUAGACACUGUAUAAAACAAUUUGGCAUCAAUAAAAAAAUGAAACAUACA